GCUGGGGCUUCGCCGGCCUCACUAUGUCUGCCAUUUUCAAUUUUCAGAGUCUGUUGACUGUAAUCUUGCUGCUUAUAUGUACCUGUGCUUAUAUCCGAUCCUUGGCACCCAGCCUCCUGGACAGAAAUAAAACUGGAUUGUUGGGUAUAUUUUGGAAGUGCGCCAGAAUUGGUGAAUGGAAGAGUCCUUACGUUGCAGUAUGCUGUAUAGUGAUGGCCUUCAGCAUUCUCUUCAUACAGUAGCUUGGGAAAAUAUCAAUUUAAUUGCCAUCAGAUUUCAAUAUGGAAAAAGGACUUAUCUACAGAAAAUAAUGGAAUGAAUGGUUAACCCUUUUAUCUCUGAACAUUGAAUGAGAUAAAUUUGCAGCUGCUGUUCUCUAUUUUUGUUAUUGGACCAAUGUUCUAUAUAAAUAGGAUGUAACCAUUGAAUACUCAGAGUUUAAUAUGUCUGUAACAAUCAAUCUCAGUACUGUCACUGCGAUAUUACAUUCUGCAAAUAUUAUUCUGUUAUGUCAGAUACCAAUUUUUAGUGAGGUGUCUCUAAGACACAGAAUAGAAAACAAAAUUGUUAAAUUACUCCACUUCAUUUCACUGUGAUUUGGAAAUGAUAAAUCUUUAUAGAAUCAGACAUUUUUCUGGGCUAGCUUUUUUUAUUGAGAAAAAAAAGGUUCAAUUUGUGUUGAUAAGGAUUGCAUUCAUAUUUAAUAAUGCUUGCUUUUCCUCUGGCCACACCAGAGCAUUAACAGAGUACCUCUAAGCAAAGUCUGUAGUGUGCUACAUGUGUUUCAGCUAUUUAAAACAAGCCUGUGCACUUCUUAAGGAAGAAGGCAAGUGAGAUGUGACUUAAGAACAAUAUUGGGAAAAUGACCAUAUUUAACAUAAAAGUUUAGGAUAGCUGACUAGUCCGGUAGCCUCUGAAAUAAGUAUGGAUAAAUAUCUUAUGAAUAAAUUGACUGCUCUCAUUUUCUGAAUUAAGACUACAUUCUUAGAGUGAAAAGAGCAAAAUAGAACAAUUCAGAAAGAUAAGCCUGUAUGUGUCUUUCAUUCUUUUUAAGUGUCAGGUCUCCAAUUUUAAUUGCCCCAAAAUGCAAACUGUAUCAUUUUGUUUGUUUUUAAAUACAGCACUUUAAAUCUA